AUGGCGCAAAUGGCUAGGAUACGGGCGGGUCCGGCCGCGCUGCGACUGCGACGGGCGGUUGGUGGCAAUCAGCUAUUACGACCAGUAUCACGACCGCUUGCACACCCGACUACGCGACUGUCGAUCGGCGCAUUACGGACAAGAUGCAUUGCGACGAAUGCUGCGAUCCAGGAACCCGAUGUGGAUUUUCCCGCGAGUGUGCCUCCAGUUUCGGUGCCGGCGUCGUCGAAGGUGGAGGAGCGGAGGAAGGCGAUUAAGAACGCGAAACCUUUUUCUGAUUUCCUGACGGAUACGUUCAAUCGGCAGCAUGACUAUCUCCGUAUCAGCAUUACCGAGCGCUGCAACCUGCGGUGUCUGUACUGCAUGCCAGAGGAGGGCAUACCGCUAUCACCCCCCGCCAACAUGCUCACCACGCCCGAGAUCUUCUACCUCUCCUCCCUCUUCGUCUCGCAAGGCGUAACCAAGAUCCGGCUCACAGGCGGCGAGCCCACGGUCCGCCGCGACAUCGUCCCGCUCAUGCAGCAAAUCGGCAGUCUGCGCCCGCGCGGCCUCCGCGAACUUGCCCUCACGACCAACGGCAUCUCGCUGCACCGCAAACUAGACGCCAUGGUGGAAGCUGGUCUAACUGGCGUCAACCUCAGCCUCGACACCCUAGACCCGUUCCAAUUCCAGAUCAUGACCCGCCGGAAAGGCUUCGACGCCGUCAUGCGCUCCAUCGACCGUAUACUCGAAAUGAAUAAACUCGGCGCGAAUGUCAAGCUGAAGGUCAACUGCGUCGUCAUGCGCGGCCUCAACGAGCGCGAAAUCCUCCCUUUCGUCGAAAUGGGCCGCGAGAAAGACAUCGAAGUGCGUUUCAUCGAGUACAUGCCCUUUGGCGGGAACAAGUGGAGCGAGAACAAGAUGAUCAGUUUCCAGGAGAUGCUAGACAUCAUCCGCACGAAAUACCCCGGCCUAAGACCCGUCCCUGGACACAAAAACGACACGAGCAAAACAUACGAAGUACCCGGUUUCGUGGGCAAAGUCGGCUUUAUAACGAGUAUGACGAACGAUUUCUGCGGGUCCUGCAAUAGGCUUCGCAUUACGAGUGAUGGGAACCUUAAAGUCUGUUUGCAUGGUAAUGCGGAGGUGAGCUUGAGAGAUGUGCUCAGACAGGGUAACAAUGGCGAGCCUAUUGAUCAAGAAGCGUUUGAGCGUAUCAGGCAGAUUGAGAUGGACAGACAUGAGGGCCGGCUUAGCGACGAAACGGUGCUGGGCUGGGGCCAACGCGAGCGCGAACUUUUGGACGUGGUCGGCGCUGCCGUGAAGCGCAAAGCUGAAAAGCACGCCGACCUCGACGACCUUGCCAACAUGGAGAACAGGCCUAUGAUUUUAAUCGACAACAAGCCCUUGUCCAGUCUGGAUUGCCAAUGGCCUACAUCGCGAAUACCUUCCUACAGCCACUCCAACCACUUGCUACCGCGCUCCAGCAUACCCACCCCACCCCUCCCUUUCCUACCCACCCCAUCCCACGCCACACCAACAACUAUCCGCGCCUUCUCGACCCGCGCCUUCUCCACAUCCCCCACCCCCUUCGCAAAGAAAACCUACCAACUCAAACGCCUCGCCAAAGCCAAAAAACUCCUCAAGAACAUCGACACGUCCCGAUCCACAGACGCCUUCGGCGUCCAACAGUUUCUAGAAGAUGUUGAAGCACCAAAUGAAUCUGAAAACCUCCUGAAGGAUAUCGAGAAGAAGAUUGCGAAUCUACAUCGUCGAAUUGUGGAGGUGGAGAGGGGGACGCCGCUUGCUUCUGCUUCUGAGUUCCGGGGGCCGGACCCGCCAGUAUCGCCGGGACUGCGUGUGGCUGAUGCGUUCGAUGCCGUUGGCACUGCAGUCGGUAACGAUGCGACGGGACCAAGAAAACGAAAAGGCAAAAACGAGCGCGAACGAGCCCGAAGACGGGAACAAGAAAAAUACCGGAAUGAGAAGAUGAAAGAACUUGGUGUGCUGUUAGCGGAGUACAAACAACAAGCCGCAAUCGUCAAAGCAGAAGCAGAGAAAACAGCCGAGAUGCGGAAACGACGCGAAGCAGUACUAUCAAAGAAACGCUUACUACUUCGCCAACUACACCAACACGAAGAGGAGGAGCGCAGGGCCAAUCUCGUGCGCAGAACGAGCCAGACGGAUAGGGAGGCUGGGUUGCCGGACGGGUUUGAGCUUGAUGAUGUACUGGAUGAUGCUAUGAAGAAGGUUAAGAAGAUGCCGAUGCAUCCGCCGAGGGAGGAGAGGGAGUAUAAAGAGAGGGAGGUUAAGGAUGUGGAUGUCCCGAGGGCGAAGAGGAUGGUGUGGCCGAAGGGGACGGGGGCUGUGAGUGUGUUGAAGAGGGGUGGGGAUGGGGAUGGGGAGGAGGUGGUUGGGGAGGAGGUUAUGGAGAGGGAACGCGCUGACGCGACGUCUAUUGAGACCGUUGUGGAUGAAGAACGAUUUGACGCGAGCGACUUUCUCACAUCUGAAUCGACCCAGGAACAUACAGCGACUACUACCAGGACCUCAACCGACGAGCCCUCUGCAGAAGAACUAGUUGACGCGGCUGCCGACGACUUCACGAGUUCAGUCGCAAACGCAGGAGAUCCCUUCCCUCGAUCAUCCGCCCAACAAAAGCCAUCACCCGACGCCAGCAAACCCAUCAAGAAAGACACUCCACGCCCACCCUCAUCCCCACCGUCCUCCAAGGAUGACCUCCGCCUCACCAUCCCCCCCUCAGGCAUCGUCCCCAUCGACGCCGACUUAAUCCUCUCCCUCGACGCCCCCGUCCCAGCCCUCCAAGCCCAAAUCCUCGCUCUCCGCAACCGCCUCAAAUCCUCCUACCCGCGCAUCGACAACCUCCCCUACGACGUCUGGACCUCGUCCAACAAACGCACCCUGCAAACCUGGCUCAAGAUCCUGAUCAGUCGGUGGAACGAGCGGUUUGACCAUGUUGAUGGUACUGGUCAGGUGGAUAAGCGCAUUGUGGAUGAGAGGGUCAAGGAGGUACUGGAUAGUAUGGUUAGGGAACAUGAUUUGGGGAAUGAGGCUGCGGAACGGAUGGCGGUGAGGUGGCAUGAGGCGUUUGAGCUGAGGUGGGAUAUGAGGGGGGAUGCGGAGGGGGUGUUGGAUUGGGAGGAGAUGGAGGCGGGGGGGUUGGGGUUUUUGGGCGUUGAGACUGAAGAGGUGGAUGGCGGGGUUGAAGUGCCGGUGGGUGGGGUUGGUGAAGAGGUGGAUGUCGAGAAGAAGAAUGCUGUGUCUGCGCCUGUGAGGACGGCGGGGAGUGGUGUGACAACGAACGGGGUCAUGGGGCGGAGGAUGUAUUCCACGUCGACGAGAAGGGGGUUUUGGUCUUGGUCCAGGAUUUUGGGGACGGAGGGGAAAGACGAAAAGAACGAGAAGAAAGAGGAUGUGAAGCCGGGACCUAGGGUGGACGCCAAACCAGACAGCCCGACUCAGCCCAAGCCCGCUGCUACACCCAACGCCAAACCAGUCGCGAAGCUCGAUACGAAAACGCACGAGAAGACCAACGUCCAACCCAUCGCCAAACCAGACCUCAAGCCCGACCCAAAGCCCCAAUCAAAGCGCUCCGCAGAGUCCGUCCCACCAAAGCCCGACGCCAAACCCGACGUCAAAGCAGACACAAAAGAUAACGCCAAACCCGACCCUCGCAAAAUUAGAGAGGACUCACCUCGGAUGCAUCGGCCUCCCGGUCAGGGCGUAAGUAAGACCGUCUUGCAGAAAAAGAGGAGGCAGGCUAAGAAGAUGGAGGAUGAGAGACGAAUGACUGAGGUACUGGAGCGAGGACGAGAGGGUGGGGAUGAACAGAUGGACGUCCAAGAGCAAGGGAUAGAAGAUGAGAAGAGAGAGUUGGGCGCACAUGAACAUGCAGGAGAAUUCGAAACCAAACAGCCGCCCCAACAGCCGCCCCAACAGCCGCCAAUGGUCGAACGCGCAAACGCCAAAUCACUGCAAUACCAAGCGGACAGCAUCAAAAAGGCCGAGGAAGUCUUACCUAAGCCCGUACCACGUACCCACCAAAUCGUACCUAACCAAGACACCGAAACCGACACCGACAAACCAGCCUUCGUACGCGCAAAGAGACCCCUCCAGCCCCUACCUGGACUCAGACGCUCGAGGCAUGUUGAAUGGAGGAAAUUGGAGCGGACAGAAUUGCCCGGGCCGCCUAGACAUAUUGUGAAGCCCCAGACAGACAGCAAGGGCAAGGCUCCAGGAACGAAGUCGCUGCAAGACUUUCUGGAUAGCAUGAAUGAGGUUGCUGCGCAUUCGCCUUUUGAGGCGGAGCCGAGACAACAGCAACGUCCUUUAUCGAUGCUGGAGGGGGUGAACGAAGAAUCACAACAACAAUCAUCCUCCGCUCAACAACCCCUUCCACAGACCGGACCUACCUCCUCCCAGCCUUCCCCCUCUCCCUCGCCCUCUCCCUCCCAACCUCCCCCAUUCCUCCCCCACCUCACACCCUCGGGAUCCGCACACAUGGUCAGCGUCUCUGCUAAGGAACACACGACCCGCACCGCCAUCGCCGUCGGAACAGUGUAUUUCACAAACGCCGUGCCCCUCCGCCUCAUCCGCUCAAACGCCAACAAAAAGGGAGAUGUGUUGGGUACAUCGCGCAUCGCGGGCAUAAUGGCCGCAAAAAAAUGCCCAGACCUAAUCCCCCUCUGCCACCCCAUCGCCCUAACCCACGUCAGCGUUGAACUACGCCUUUUUGGUGAUAAGGGGGAUCCGCGGACAACAACAACAACAACAACGGAAGGGGAGAUGGAGGGGAUUAUGGGGGUAUUGGACGGGUCGGGGGUAUUGGACGGGAAGGGCAAGGGCAAGGGGAAGAUGGGUUUUGGGGGUGUGAACAUCGAAGCCAAAGUCCAAUGUACAGGCCCCACGGGUGUGGAGAUGGAGGCCCUUACUGCGGUUAUGGGCGCGGCGCUUAGUGUGGUGGAUAUGUGUAAGGCGGUGGAUAGGGCGCAGAGGGUGAGUGGUGUUAGGGUUGUGAUGAAGGAGGGGGGGAGGAGUGGGGGGUGGAGGGAGGGGGGGUGGAGGAGUUGGCAGGAAUGA